AUUUUGGCGGAACAGAAGCCUCUUUGCUGCUCAACUGGAGGCAUUUCGCUUUUACAUUCUCUGAUCAGCCCUAGCUCGCCCUCCUGCCUCUGGGAUCUCAACCACCCUACUCCGGUCACCGCGCCACCGUCCAUUCUCUGACCAGCAUCAGUUGGUGAGCAGCGUGCACCUCAAGUCACCAAGGAGCUUCUUUAGUGCUUCAGGGUUUAGUUUUGCGUCGGCGAGUUGCCAGCAGUAUCUCAUAUCUGAGAAAUCAUGCACGCCCCGGUUCUAGUGCUCAAGGACUCUUUGAAACGGGAGUCUGGAAGCAAGGUGCAACAUGCUAAUAUUCAGGCAUCGAAGGCUGUUGCUGACAUAAUUCGUACAACCUUGGGACCCAGGUCCAUGUUAAAAAUGCUACUUGAUGCCAGUGGAGGAAUUGUGGUGACAAAUGAUGGAAAUGCUAUCUUGCGUGAAUUAGAUCUUGCUCACCCAGCUGCUAAGUCUAUGAUUGAGUUAAGUCGCACCCAAGAUGAAGAAGUAGGAGAUGGAACAACAUCUGUCAUCAUUCUUGCUGGCGAGAUGCUCCAUGUCGCUGAAGCAUUCAUUGACAAAAAUUAUCAUCCUACAGUCAUUUGCCGAGCUUAUAACAGAGCUCUCGAGGAUGCUAUUGCUGUGCUUGACAAAAUUGCCAUGCCCAUUGAUACCAAGGAUCGAGGUACAGUGCUUGGCCUAGUGAAGAGCUGCAUAGGUACCAAAUUCACUAGUCAAUUUGGAGAUUUAAUUGCUGAUUUAGCCAUUGAUGCUACCACAACAGUAGGUGUUGAUCUUGGCCAAGGUUUGAGAGAUGUGGAUAUAAAAAAUUAUAUUAAAGUUGAAAAGGUCCCUGGCGGGCAGCUGGAGGAUUCUAGAGUUCUUAAGGGAGUCAUGAUAAACAAAGAUGUGGUUGCCCCUGGCAAAAUGAGGAGAAAGAUUGUUAACCCGCGAAUCAUCCUUUUGGAUUGCCCCCUUGAGUAAAAGGGUGAAAACCAAACAAAUGCUGAGCUGCUCAGGGAAGAAGACUGGAACAUCUUGUUGAAGAUGGAAGAAGAAUACAUCGAGGAGAUGUGCAUGCAGAUAUUGAAGUUUAAACCAGACUUGGUUGUUACGGAGAAGGGACUUAGUGAUUUGGCAUGUCAUUAUCUGAGUAAGCAUGGAGUCAGCGCAAUCAGGAGGCUGAGGAAAACUGAUAAUAAUAGAAUUGCAAAGGCAUGCGGUGCUGUUAUUGUGAACAGACCAGAUGAAUUGCAGGAGUCUGAUGUUGGGACUGGUGCUGGGUUAUUUGAAGUUAAGAAAAUUGGAGAUGAGUUUUUCGCAUUUAUUGUUGAUUGCAAAGACCCUAAAGCUUGUACUGUACUUUUAAGGGGUGCCAGUAAGGAUCUCUUAAAUGAAGUUGAAAGAAACCUCCAGGAUGCUAUGUCUGUUGCAAGGAACAUUAUAAAAAAUCCAAAGCUUGUUCCUGGAGGUGGGGCUACGGAGUUGACUGUAUCAGCAGCUUUGAAGCAGAAGAGUUCAUCCAUCGAGGGCAUAGAGAAGUGGCCUUAUGAAGCUGCUGCCAUUGCGUUUGAGGCCAUACCCCGUACUCUAGCACAAAAUUGUGGGGUAAAUGUGAUUCGGACCAUGACUGCACUGCAAGGAAAACAUGCAAAUGGAGAGAAUGCAUGGAUUGGCAUUGAUGGAAAUACUGGUGCCAUCGCUGACAUGAAA